GCCUGGGAGUAAGGGAGGUAGCACUUGCCGCGCUUGAGAGCUCCCUGGCGGGUGCGGAGCCGGAACUCGGGAGUUUGCGCAUCCUCACUUAGGAGGGAGCCCCAAUAAACGCCGUCGCGCCACUGACUUCCGCGCAAGCUGGAGCCCGAGUGCUGGGGGUGUUCUUCAGAUGACAUUGAAAAUGGCUUGAAGUCAAAUGAAGAGCCUCUUUUAAGGAAAAAUCCUCGUCGAUUUGUCAUCUUCCCAAUCCAGUAUCCUGACAUAUGGAAAAUGUACAAGAAGGCCCAGGCUUCUUUCUGGACAGCAGAAGAGGUUGACUUAUCAAAGGACCUUCCUCACUGGAACAAGCUGAAAGCAGAAGAAAAAUACUUCAUUUCACAUAUCCUGGCCUUUUUUGCAGCUAGUGAUGGAAUUGUGAAUGAAAACCUGGUGGAGCGUUUUAGCCAGGAAGUGCAGGUCCCAGAGGCUCGCUGCUUCUAUGGCUUCCAGAUACAAAUAGAAAACGUUCACUCAGAGAUGUACAGUUUGUUAAUCGACACCUACAUUAAGGAUCCUGAGAAAAGAGACUUUUUAUUUAACGCUAUUGAAAGACUGCCAUGUGUCAAGAAAAAAGCAGACUGGGCACUGAAGUGGAUAAAGGACAGGGAAGCCACUUUUGGGGAAAGAGUUGUCGCUUUUGCUGCAGUUGAAGGAAUCUUCUUCUCUGGUGCCUUUGCAGCUAUAUUUUGGCUCAAAAAAAGAGGACUGAUGCCGGGACUCACUUUCUCCAAUGAACUCAUUAGCAGAGAUGAAGGUCUCCAUUGUGACUUUGCUUGCCUAAUGUUCCAGUAUUUAGUGAAUAAGCCUUCGGAGGCAAGGGUCAAAGAGAUCAUUGUCAAUGCGGUUGAUAUUGAACAGGAGUUUUUGACGGAGGCUUUACCGGUUGGUUUGAUUGGAAUGAAUUGCACUCUGAUGAAACAGUAUAUUGAGUUUGUGGCAGACAGGUUACUUCUGGAACUGAGCUUCUCCAAGGUCUUUCAAGCGGAAAACCCUUUUGACUUCAUGGAGAACAUUUCACUGGAAGGAAAAACCAAUUUCUUUGAGAAGAGGGUUUCGGAGUAUCAGCGUUUUGCAGUUAUGGCUGAAACAUAUGAUAAUGUGUUUACUUUAGAUGCUGACUUCUAGUACUGCCUACUUCAGGGAGAAAAUAUUGGCCAGAAUGUAUAUUUACCACUGAUUGCUGCAAAAGCUUCUAUUUCUUCUACUGGAAGUGGAGUGUUCUGGGAAUAUUUUUCUAGCAUCCCAUAUUGGAUGACGUUUUUAUGCAACAUAUUUAUUGCAGAUUGUAAUGUAAAAAAAGAUGGUUUUUGUUCCUUAACAAAAGUUCAUUUGAUAAAAUGAUGCCAUUUUAAUAUUUGUUCAGAGUUAAUGUCACUGUGGCAUUUUUGUAAUCUUCAGUUGCUGAUUUAUGUUGUAUGGCAAGCUUUAAUUGAUUUGAAUAACAACAACAAACACUUUAAUUGUACAUUUGCUCUCCACCCCUACUUUGCCCCCUCUUGCUGAGAUGGAGGAUGCACUCCCAUGCAGAAUACGGAGAAGCUGCAACAUCACUGAUCACCAUUCCAAAUUGGAUGGUUGCAGGUUUUUUGUGCUGCCAAGUCAAACUACUAUGGCCUUUCUUCUGACAAUUGGCUCAGAAUGUGGUUUGAAGGCAUAAGAUGCAGCCACCUUGCUGAAGCUAAGCAGGCCUGGUCUGGUCAGUGCCUGGAUGAGAGAUCACCUGGGUGCCUCAUGUACCCCACUCUCAGCUCCUGGGAUGAAAGGGAAGCUUUAAAUCAAUAAAAGUAAUAAGAGCCGAGGCCACAGGUACACUCACUUUUAAAGGAUGCAUGUUCACUGAGUUUAUGUCAGCAUCGACACUGCUAUUUCUAGUUGGCAAAGCAGAAUGCAGUUCUGUAGCAGUUGUGCAUGUGCUCUCUCUCGCUCUAGGCUUGAAAGGGAUAUGGCAGUAUGCACAGCUCCUAUUGUGCUGUGUGCAGUUCUCUGACUAGAACCUGCAGCAGUUUUGGUAGCAGUAGUAGAUGAAAAAGAAAUGCAUGCAGCAAUAGUGGAAGAGCUGUGGACAGAGACAGGCAGCUGAAGAGGGGAGGAGUAAUCAGCAUGAGGAUGCCCUGAAAAACUUUGUACAGCUGUUUGAACAGUUGGCUUCAAAUACCAGUGCAUAAAUGUCGCACAGCCACAGUUUUUCUUGGUCCACACGGUCUAAUGUUUUGUUGGCUGCCUUUUUCACUGCUGCCUCUAGAGAGCAAGAGUGGUAUGGUGGAUAGAUCAGGGGGCCCCAGAUUGAAAUCCUCCUUCAGCUUGAAGAACAUUUGGUGACCUUAGACUGAUGACACACUCCCUCAGCCAUACCUACCUCACAAGUUUGUUCUGAGGAUAUAACAAGGGGGAGGAAGAGAAACCACAUAUGCUACCCCAAAUACCUUGGAGAAAGGAUAGAAUAAAAAUGUAAUGAAUAAAUGGCUGCAGGCACAAAUGGAAGGACAGCUUUACAAAUUGAAUCAAUGAAAUUUAAAUGAAAUAAUCUUCUUUUAAACUUUUUAGUAAUCCUGUCCUCUCUUUUUCUCUCUUAUCAGUAUCAUACUAACAACUGCACAAAACAUAGAAAUGAAAGAAUGAAGUCGUGUUCUUAAUUUUUACAAUGGAGGUGGCUUUAAUUCAACUAUUCUGCAGUUUAAAGUUUGUUUGGACUAAUGUAACUUAGGACGAAUGUGUGCACAUUGGGAAAUGAAUAUGAUGACUGGUUGAACACAUUGUUCAGUUUAGCACUUUAUAUUCUUUAAAAACAAUCAUUCUGGUUCAUCAAAACCUGAAGAAUCCCUUGCAUAGGGUGACUUUAGGAAGAUUGAUCAUAGGAUCUGAACCCUUUUGGCUACGAACUUGGCCAUCUGUUUGAAGUAGCUCACAUUGCGACAGCAUAGUUUACCAUCUGGCCUAUAGCAUCUCUAUCUAAGUGGAUGCACAAUACAGUUGCAGAAUUUUUUGUUUCUCUCUUUCGGAGUAAACAUGUCAGCAGCAAAGCCAGGAACUGGUUAGCCUUGGAAAUGAAUGGGAGAAGGACAGAGCAAUGCUACAAAGGUUUUUGAAGAAAAAAUUGCAUGGAAAUAAAUUCAAAGCUUGUUUUGCG